GUCGCGUCUCCGCCUCCGCGCUCCUCACUUUCUGCCGACCGUAGACGAGCGAACACAGGCCGCCUUGAACUGUCCCGAGGCCGGAUGGUAAAAUCCAACCUCCAGCGGAUCCUAAACAGUCAUUGCUUUGCCCGCGAGAAAGAAGGAAAUAAACCGUGUGAAACCAGCAGCAUCAUGGAGGCGUUCAGCAACAGUAUUAACGACAUGAUGGGAAGUCUGGCGCUGUGCUGUAGUAGUACCACUGGUCCAGGGCCUCUGUGGUGCUCCGAUGCCCCUCACCCACCUCUGAAGAUCCCAGGUGGGCGAGGGAACGGAGCACGGGAUCACUCAUCUACAGCAGCACCACCACAGCAGCUGUACUCCGACAGGAAGUUGACUGUGACUGAAGAGCCCGCUGGGGCCGGUCACCCCCGGAUACUGCACUUCCAGAGUCGGCCCACCGUUUCCCGGGCGAUCAAAUGGGAGGCCGUGCUUCGGGGCCCCGGCCUGUUCGUGGAGAUUCCCUGCGAACCAUUUCCAGAGGGCAGCAAAGAGAGCUUCAUUUCUCUGCUGGAGUUUGCUGAAGAACAUCUGAAAGUGGUCAGCGUGUUCGUCUGCUUCUAUAAGAACAGGGAUGAUCGUGUUAAACUGGUGCGUACGUUCAGCUUUCUGGGCUUUGAGAUGGUGAAACCGGGCCACGCUCUGGUCCCCGCUCGACCUGACGUUCUCUUCAUGGCCUACAACUUUGACAGGGAUUCCUCGGACGAAGAUUAGCCUCCUCUCAUUCCUUCACGGGAACGCUCCGUCUGCAGCGGGCGGAUCGGUCCGCAGGCUUCAGACGGAGCCGUCCUCAACGUGCUGUUCAAGUGAAUCUGUUUGCUUUUAAUGCCCUUCUUCUUUUCUUUACACCGCGUUUGAUUUUUCUGAAAUGUACAAAAGGUCACUUCCGCGUUCGAUCGGAUGUUUCAAACCCAGGUUAAAAACGACAAGCGUACUUGGAAGUGCUCCGUUUUGGACCUAAUAUGCUAAAAAUGACUACAGCGCUGAACUCAAGUGCGCUAUUUAGGGCGAUUGUGAAUAUAUGAACUAGUAAGAGGCUGACUAAAUACUUUUUUUUUUUUUUUUUUUUUUUUUUUUUUAAAUACAGAGACGGUGUACGUAUUCAGGGCCUCCCAGAAUACCGCAGUCGAGUACGUUAGCAGUGAUUUAAAGAAUCAUUUUUAGUAUAUUAGUACGCCAGACGAAGUGCGCUUGAAUUUUUAACCUGGCUGUGAUUUAUAGGUUUCUGAGGCUUUGCUCUUCUGUUCAACAUUUAAGGUCAGUUUUUACCUCGGAGCGUGCUUUUUGUUGGUUUCCCUGUAUUUUUUAUUUUUUUUUGGGAUGAAUCGGUAACAUGUAUUUGAUUGAUUGUUUGAUUUCUCUCUGAAUGCGACUCGACUGGUACAGACCUUGACGGGAAACGAAAUCGACGCAUCCAAAGCUCUUUUACCUCCGGCUGUCAUGUCUUGAUUUUUGUAUAUCGGAAGCUUUCGUUGCGUGUCUCGCCGUGCUGUUACUCGCCUUCCUCCCUCAUAGUUUAUUUUUCACAUGGUUUGGAGCCCGUUUCUCCUCUGUAGUGGUACAUAACAGCUUCUGUGAUAAUAAAAAUAUUAUUUAAAGACA